UCGUUUCGCACAGCUACACUAGCUACACUACACUAACUACACUAGUACGAUAGUUAGUAAUUGUACUCAAUUUUGAGUGUCUACUACUAUUCAUUUGCUGUUGUGGAAAUAUAUGUGUAGAUGUUUCACAAGUGUGAACAGGCCUUUAACAUUGUGUUUGACAUUCUAGUCGGCUUUAUUAGAGCCGACAUAUGACUUUCUUGAAAUCGUGAACUGCAAACUAUUUGUUUGAGCUAGUAACAGGGUGGGCUGUGUAGAGCUCUUAAUGUUUAUGUGUAAAUAUUAUAACAAAAAUAGGAGCAUUCAACAAAUCAACCCUCACUCGUACAGUCUAUGCGACGUAAAUCAAGAACUUAUACCAACAUCUGAAAUUACCCAAUCGAUUAAUGGAGCAAAACUCAACUGCGGCUGGCAACGCCAACCCUGCUACAGUUCCUGCCAAAAGGGGUACGCAACAAGGUCGCAAGAAGUCUGGACCCAAGUUCGAACUGUCUGAGGCCCAGAAAUGCGACAUUAAGGAGGCCUUUGAUCUAUUUGACAACGAAGGCACGGGCUACAUUGAGGUAAAAGAACUUAAGGUGGCCAUUAGGGCUCUGGGAUUCGAGCCCAAAAAGGAGGAGAUUAAAAGGAUGAUUUCCGACAUUGACAAGGACUGCAGUGGACGCAUUGCGUUCAACGUCUUUCUGCAACUGAUGACUAUAAAGAUGGCCGAAAAGGACACUAAGGAAGAGAUACUUAAGGCUUUUCGGCUUUUUGAUGAUGACGACACUGGAAAAAUUUCAUUCAGAAAUCUAAAGAGGGUAGCUCGCGAACUUGGUGAAACACUGACUGACGAGGAACUACGAGAGAUGAUAGACGAAGCCGAUUUGGACAAUGAUGGCGAGGUAAAUCAAGAAGAAUUUCUGCGAAUCAUGAAGAAGACCAGUUUGUAUUAAAGAGCAGCGCUUAAGCUUCAUUUUUAAACACUUUGUGCGUUCCUCUGGUGCACUUGAUGAAGCAUUCUUAAAAUAAUUUGGCGUUUUAAGUCAUCAAUUAUAAAUGUACGUUUUGGGAUAUUUUUAAGUUUUACGUAUGAGUAUAACAUCAAGAAAAAAAUUGUUCAGCUCGUUUUGAAUAUUAAACAAAAAUACUUCUUCCCGAGGUGUGAUAAAAGGGCGUAGCAACAUCAAUUGCAAACAUUUCUAAUAUCAAAUUUCAUGAUGAUAAAUAGUAAAAUUUAAAACAAAAUAUAAAAGAACUAAUUAUUGGUA